AUGGAUCGAAUGUUUGCUCCAGAAUAUUUUGACAUGAUAUUUAGAUUUCUUCUGACUUAUAAAGAUUUGCAUUCUUGUCUCUUAGUCAAUAGACAUUGGGCUACUUGUGCCGUUCCAAUUUUAUGGGAAGCACCCUUUAAAAUUAAAGACAACUAUAUUCCAUCUCCAAAAGUGAUAAAAACCUACCUUGCAUUUAUACCAGAUAGUACUUUUCUCAAAUUAGGAUAUAAUAGAAGAAUUGGGCUGUCAAUUACUAGGCCUCUGUUUUUUAACUAUCCAUCAUUUCUUAAAGAGCUUUCAUAUGACCAAUUCCUUAAUGCAGCUAUAGCAAACAAAUGUUGUAAAGAUAUUAUAACUGAAUUAUUUAAAAUAUUUGUUAUGCAUAAUGUAAUAUUACGCAAACUUGAUAUCUAUAACAAUCUUAAUUAUUAUCCUGGCAUCCUGAAUAAUUUAAGAUCUUGGGUUCUUCCUCAUUUUUCUGAAUGCACUUCUAUAUUCAAUAGAUUGACUUAUUUUAAUUGCAGCGACCAUUGGGAAAUUCAAAAAACUCAGCUUUUUAAUAUCAUUGCAGAGAACUGUCAUAAUAUUGAAAAUCUUAAAGCUAGUAUUUGUUAUAAGGAUGAAGGAAUGGCUUUAGCAUUCCUCAUUCGUUCUCAAAAGCAUUUAAAAAAGUUCUCUCUGAUUAACAGCAAUAAAUUUGCAUCAUUUCCUGUUCUAGCUCUCAUGGAUCAGAAACAUUCACUUAAAAGCGUUACAUUUAAAGAUAUGCAUCAAAAGAGGAUUAAGACAAUAUAUUUCAAUUAUUCUGCUUGUCAAUUAAAUAGUAGCGCUAUCAAUUUACUGACUCAGUGUACAAAUAUCAACAAAUUAAAGUUUAAACACUGUGAAGGGCUCAACUCCCCUGCAUAUUUUUCUCUCGGCACUGCUUUUUCGAACUUAACAUCUUUAGAAUAUUCUUAUGGUGAUUAUAACAUUUAUGAUGACAUGAUUCCCGUUCAGUUAUUAUCUGAUCUCAUUAUGACAAGUUGCAAUACACUUAAAAAAAUUGUACUUGACUGGUAUAUUCUUUUUCAUCUUGAUAUUACUCAACUUGUUAAAAUGAUUGCACAACAUGUGGUAAACCUUGAAUAUUUAAAAAUUCCACUUAAUACAUUAGAACAACUUGCUCUAAUUCACAGAACAUAUAGUCCAUUAAGGAGGCUUGAAAUUCAUUUGGACAAAAAAAUAAAUCUACAUUGUGCUCUUUCUCUUCUUGCAAAUGUUCCACUCAAAAGUCAUGAGCAUUCAAUUCAAUUAUCCUUUGGUCAUAAUAAAAAUUUCGAUCUAAAAAUCAAUCAACUAAAUCAGAUCUUUGAAUCCAUUUUUUAUAAAAGUAAUCGGAUUGUUGAUUUUAUUUUACAUCUGAAUAAUGGUUCAAUAGAGAAGAGAGUGUUACUUUUAAGAAAUUACCCGAGACUUAAGAUUAAUAUUUUAAGUGGAAGUAUUUUGAAUAGACACUUGCCAGAUGUCAUAAGAAUAAUUCCUGAAAGGUGCAGUUGUAACGAAUUGCUUGAAAUUUGUAAUAAUUUACUAAAAAUAAAUUCAAAUGAUAUAUGGGCAUUAAAGCAACAUUUAAAUAAAUCAUUAGAAAUCGAUCCAAAUAAUGCCAAUUCUUUAGGAAUCCGUGGAAGGACUCAUUAUAUGGCAGGAAAUUAUGAAAGUUCACUCAAAGAUAUAAAUAAAUCACUGAGAAUUGAGCCGACUAACGCAAUUGCAUUAGGAUAUUUAUUUUCAAAAAUUUGUCUUUUAGUUCAAAAUUAUGAAGAAGGUUUUCAAGAUUGUUUUGAAUCUA